GGGAAUAAAUAGAGGAGCUCUGGGUGCUCACCUCCAAAGCGAGGUCCUUGAUCCCUGCCGCAGACGCCUUCACAGCCAACAACAGCUGCCUCAGCAUGAAGCUGCUGGUGGUCCUCACGCUGGCCGCCCUCCCCCUCUACUGCUCUGCAGGGUCUGGCUGUCAACUUCUCGAGGAUGUGAUUUACAAAGUGAUCAAUCCCGGGGUGUCUACAGAUCAACUGAAACAAUCUAUUCAACAGUUCAUACCAGAUAAUGCCACUGCCAACGCCUUAGAUGAAUUCAAACAGUGCUACCUCCAGCAAUCAAAUGACACUCUGAGCAAGAUACAAAUGCUGACGGUAAAUUAG